CCCUCUGUUAGCAACUUGUGGCUAGCUCGCUACCAAGGAAGGCACUGCUCCGACUCAGACACCACCCCGACUCACACACUGUCCGCCCGUACACAAUUCGGUCAGUGAAGUCCAGAUGCAUGAGUCUGGGUCAGAACCAAUAAGCCACACCAUUCCAGCAAGUCAGACCGAGAACGGGAAUAUUAGUGAGAAUGAGAGUCGAGUGAGGAGCAACCAGACUCCUCCUCCAGAGGCACCCAGGGCUCCAGUGUCUUUAUCCAUGAUGACCCCACCAGCAGAGGCUCCACAGCAGUUACAACAGACACCACAGCAGCAGGUCCUCAGUCCUCAGCAGCUCCAAGCGCUGCUACAGCAGCAGAAAGCACUCAUGUUACACCAGCAACAAAUUCAAGAGGUCUUCAAGACUCAGCAAGAGCAGCUAAAUAUCCAGCUGCUGCAACAGAAGAAUGCUGGUAUUGUUAGUCAAGAGCUGACAGCCCAGCAGAUUGCCAUCCAGCAGCAGCUCCUCCAGGUGCAGCAGCAACAUCUCCUCAACCUGCAGAGACAAGGCCUGCUGUCUGUCCUUCCCACCAGCCCCAUCGCACUCACAGGUAUACUGUGCUGUGAGAAUGGUAGCAUCAUGUCCACUAGUGGAGACACCAGAGAGUCUUCCAGUCAACAGUCCACCACCAACGGUCAUCACAGUCUUCUGAAGAGGAAAGAAAGUGGGUCAGUGGAUGAAAACACACAGAAUAGCCACGCACUGUAUGGAAAUGGAAUGUGUAAAUGGCCUGGCUGUGAGACUGUCUUUGGAGACUUUCAGGCAUUUCUCAAACAUUUGAACAGUGAGCAUACACUGGAUGACAAGAGCACAGCACAGUGUCGUGUGCAGAUGCAAGUGGUUCAGCAGCUGGAACUCCAGUUGAAAAAGGACAAAGAGCGACUGCAAGCCAUGAUGGCUCAUCUCAAGUCCUCUGAACCCAAACCUGCAGCGCAGCCUGUGAAUCUGGCAUCUAAUGUAUCCUUCUCCCAGGCAACAUUGCCCAAAGGCCCUCCUCCUAUGAGUUUGUCUCAGAGUGCCACAGCACCAUCCACACCCUUGACGCCGCACUCUGAAUCCCCCUCAGUCCUCACUCCCAAUAGCAUGUUCACUGGAACCCCAGUACGGAGGCGAUAUAGCCGCUCUGUGAGCCAAGAUAUAGUUGAUAACAAGGAGUUCUACUUGAGCACAGAAGUUAGACCUCCAUUCACAUAUGCGUCUCUCAUAAGACAGGCGAUCUUUGAGUCACCUCGCAAUCAGCUGACAUUAAAUGAGAUCUACAAUUGGUUCACAAGAAACUUUGCAUAUUUCAGGCGGAAUGCUGCUACCUGGAAGAAUGCCGUCAGACAUAAUCUCAGCCUCCAUAAAUGCUUUGUGCGUUUGGAAAAUGUGAAGGGAGCUGUGUGGACAGUAGAUGAGAUCGAGUUCCACAGGAGAAGGCCCCAGAAGACGGCUGGUAAUGGGUCUCUGCUGAAGAACACACAGAGCCACCAGGGCUUACCUGGGUCUGCUGCUCAGAGUGGGGGUCUAGAUGGCAACAACUCUCUCUACCACCCAGCCUCUUUGGGCAGCAUCCCAUUUCACUCCCUGCCUCAUCUUCUCCAAGAGCAGAUGAACGGAGCCCUCGCUAAUGGAUCUGGAUACCAAAGUGACAGCAGUGCAACACAGUCCCCACCACAAGCUUUCAGCAUUAAAGAGGAGCAGGAGGACGAGGAGAUAUGUGAAGGUUAUCCCUAUGAGUCUCCAGAGAGCACAGACGAGCACGGCCACAGCCCAGAGAUGAACCACGAUGAAGACAACGGCAGCCCAGAGAGGCCCAAUCUUCAUUUGGAUCGCGUGCCUUCUCUCUGACCGUGAGGUCCAAAUUGUCCGAUGUAACAAGGCCGCCUCGCUCGCAGCCCGUGUGACUUUGUAUUCCAAAAGUUUCCAAAAACAACUGCUUCAUCUACAUAACCAAACACUCUUCUUGGGGAAAAUUUUUAUCAGCAUUUCUUAAUCUAGCUCCAAAAUUAUUUCUGUACAGUAGAGUGAGAUCACAAAAACACAUUUGUGGAACUGUCUGUUCAUGAUUUUUCUUAUUUUAUAUAUGUGUACACAAAAGGACCAUGAUGAGCAGUGAAGCCAAAGGAAAGGGAACAUUGAUAGUUCGCACUUCACAAUGAAAAGUUUCCCCACUCUGUAUAGCAACUUUAUGCUAUGUUGGGACCUCACUACCUGAUUUUAUUUUAGUAGUCAUAAUAUAUAAGAAUUUGUAGAGGUAAAAAAAAAUGUUGUUUUAAGAAUGAAAAUGUUCACUGCCAACAUGAUCUGAUAUAUUUGUAUUUAAAGUAUAAUCAAUUGAAGAAAAGAAUAAGUAGCUUCUUUAUACUUGUUGGUCUUUUUCACCCCUUCCACGAACAUUGCUGAAUUUGCUCGAAUUGAGCUUGUAAGAGUAGAUAAUAUAGAUUUACCAUUAUUGUAAACCAAUGCAUCUCUAUGAAUAAUAAAUCCCUCAUGAAAAAUGCG